AAUAAAUAAAUGUUCAAACCACCACCUUUAUUCACUUCACUAUCUACACUCUCACAAACUGUAUGCAAAUAUUCCUUCAGAAAAUAAAGAGUUUUGUGUUUUUGUACUGGGAAAUGUGGUUUAAUUAAUUAAUUUUCAUUCGCGUGUCGAAUCUAUAUCCAUUAUCAUUUUUCCCAUGUGGUGAAGUUCCCAUAACUUGUUAACAACAAGCGUUUUUUGCGCUAGUGUCGCUCGAUAUUUUUGUACCAUAUUUUGGCCAGUGUUUUCUGUGAAGUCGUCAAAGUAUCACACCAAAAACAAAAAGAUGUUUCGUCCACAAAGUGCCCAGUCGCGUCAGGAGUCCGAAAUGGCAGCGAAAAGUCUACGGGAACUCCAAUCCCUUGGGAAUUCUUCGGAUCCCGUCCAAAGAUUGAGACUGCUGUGUCUUUCGAGAGGUGCAAAUGGGAUUCUAGGUUUGGGAAGGUUGUUUCGCAGGAUGGACGAUGACGGUAACAAAAAUCUUAACAAGGAGGAAUUUACGCACGGACUAAGGGAAAUGGGCUUGGAAGUUACCGAUGAAGAAAUUGGAGAGAUGUUUAAUAAGUUUGAUACCGAUAAUAGUGGUAGUGUUAAUUUGGAUGAGUUUUUGGUUCACAUCAGGCCUCCCUUAUCCGAGACCAGAAGAAAAGUGAUCGAUGAAGCUUUCAAUAAAAUGGACAAAACUGGCGAUGGCGAAAUAACAAUAGACGAUUUGAAAAACGUUUAUAAUGUUAAAUCCCAUCCUCGAUACAUUUCAGGGGAAGAAACCGAAGAGGGAAUUAUGAAACGAUUUUUGGGAAAUUUUGAACAGGAUGCCACAAGAGACGGAAAGGUGACUAAAGAGGAAUUUGUGAACUAUUACUCCGGCAUCAGUGCUUCAAUAGACAACGAUUGUUACUUCGACCUAAUGAUGCGACAAGCUUAUAAGUUAUAAUUUUUGUGAUUAUUGAUUGUUGUUUUCGAUAGAUGUUUGUAACUUAUUAUCAAAUUACCAUUUAGCUGUUGUUAUAAUGAUAUAUUUUAUUUAUUAUAUUUCUCUAUUUACGGUUGUAGUGCUUUUUCAUAAUUAAAAUCAAAUUUAAUAAAAGUUAAACAUUA